AUGUCAAACGACGACAACUCCAACUCGGACCAAAACCUGUACUUCUACUCGCCGUCGACCGCGGCGGCCGUGGUCUUCUCAGUGCUCUACUUCCUCUUGACGGUGUGGCACGGCUACCUCAACUUCGUCGUCGCGACGCGGCGCCGCCACCGCCACCACCAUCACAACCACACCGCGCGUGACAAGCACAAGUACACGAUCCCGCUGUUCGUGGCCUGCGUCAUCUCGACGGCCGGCUGGUCGGUGCGUAACGCGUCGAUCCAUAACCUCGCCUCGAUCCCGCUGUACGCCGUGAGCGCGUCGUACAUCGUCAUCUCGCCCAUCUUCGUCUGCGCCACGUUGUACCUGCUGCUCACGCGACUGAUCCGGACGACCUUGCCCACGCACCAGCAGGUCUUCUUCCGCGUCCCGCCCCACUGGCUCGGCCGCGUCUUCAUCACCUUGGACGUCAUCAGCUUCCUCACCCAGUGCUCCGGCUCCGGCAUCGCCUCCUCGGGCAACUGGGAGGGGAACCUGAAGACAGUGGGGACCAACGUGCUGCUCGUCGGCUUGAGCCUGCAGCUUGCGACGUUCAGUGUCUUCCUCGUCUUCUUUGGGAGCUUUGUCAAGCGGGUGAGCUGGUGCAAAGAAACAGCAUUUGAUUGUGGCGCGCGCAAGGUAGUGUGGGCGAUCUGGAUUGCCGGAUUCUGGGUCCAGGUCCGGUCCGUCUACCGUGUCGUCGAGUUCGGAAUGGGCAUUAACGGCUACCCAUUCACCCACGAGUGGUGCCUGUACGUCCUCGAGGCCGUGCCCAUGUUCAUCGCCCUCACGGUCCUAGCAUUCUGCCACCCCAUCAAGUACAUGCAGCAGACGCCGCUGCCGACCGAGUACGCCCUGCAAGGAAGAGAACGCAGGGGCGAAGCGAGACGACGGAGCGACGGAAAGCACCUCUCCUCAGACAGGGGCAAAGGCGGAGUUGUGAACAAUGUGGCUGUAUAA